AGAAGGUGCUCCUACGAACAGUUUUCUUUAUUGUAGUAACAAAAAAUUACACCUAAUUCCUGUUUUGGAAAAUUAUAUUUGCCCGCUCAUGCAGCUUAUUCCUCACCCCUCCCCCGCGAAGAAACCAUCGAACUGCGUCCCAGCCUCGAUUCCAAGCUCAUAAUGCCGAAUGAUGAUGAGUUAUUUCUUCUCAAGUUUCUUCAAAGAGGACUUUAGAGUAUUCAAGGGAAGCUGAACGCGGACGUCCGUUCAAGAAAAUGCUGUAAAGGGAUUGUGACCAUUGAAGUGAAUUCUAUAUAUGGACCAAUCCCCUGAGCCCUCAGCUAGCGGUUGCACCAGUCGAAGUCAACCUCCACAAAUGCAUAAUACCUCGCCCUCAGGACAGCCGAGCAAAAAAGGUUCUGGUAAAGUACAUUACUACCAAUGUGCGCAUUGUGACAAGGCUUUCUUGUACAGGUCCAAACUACUUCUUCACGAGAUAACCCAUAGUGGGGAAAGACCGUACAAGUGUCCCAAUUGCGACAAGACCUAUAAGAGGGAAUCAGAACUUGUGGUUCAUCAGCGGGUUCAUACUGGGGAAAGACCUUUUCGUUGUUUAAAAUGCGAGAAGGCGUUCAAAACCAAAUCAGAGCUUGUUGUUCACGAUAGGUUUCACACUGGUGAAAGGCCGUAUAAAUGUCUCCACUGUGACAAGUCUUUCAGAACAGCGUCGGAGCUUGGUUUGCACAACAAGGUUACCUCGGGUCAGAGGCCCUUUCGAUGUCCUAAGUGCGACAGGGGCUUUUUUCGGCAGGCCGAUCUCACCAUCCAUGAGCGAAACAACUGCAAAGAGAGACCCUACAAAUGCAGCCAGUGCGAAAGAAGCUUCAAGACCCCGUCUGAACAGGAAAAACACGAGAAAAAUCAUUCUGUCGUCGAGCCCAUUAAGUGCACAGUUUGUGAUAAGUCGUUCAAAACGAAACAACACCUUGAAACCCACUCAAAAAUUCACUCUGUUUCAAAGCCUUUCGAUUGUUCAUCAUGUUCAAUGUCGUUUAGGACCUCAGCGGAAUUGACAGCUCACACCGACACUCACGGAGGUAAAAAACUUUACAAAUGUUCGCAGUGUGAUAAGUCUUUUGCCUUCAAAUCCAAGCUCUUCCAGCAUUGGGUGAUUCACACGGGGGAAAGACCAUACAAGUGUGUCCAGUGUAACAAAUCUUACGGUAGGAAGUCCGAACUUGUGGUACAUCAAAGAAUACACACUGGAGAAAAGCCCUUCAAGUGCACUAGUUGCGAAAAGUGCUUCAAGACCACAUCAGAGCUGGUUGUUCACUGCAGGACCCACACUGGUGAGAAACCGUAUAAGUGCACCCAUUGUACCAAGCAGUUCAAGACUGCAUCUGAACUUGGCGUCCAUAGAAGGAGUCAUAUUGGUGACAGACCUUUUUCUUGCUCAAAAUGUGAAAUGUCUUUCAAACGAAUGGCUGACCUGACAACUCAUAAGAAAUUCCAUCUGAUCGACCUGCCCCACAAGUGCCACCUUUGUGUGAUGGCUUUUGGUACCUCGUCUGAACUUGCUAUUCAUGAAAAACUUCACAGUUCCCUCCUUCGUAAUGGCGCGAACCACACUGCUGCGUUGCCUGGUUCAGGGGCUCAUAAAGAACAAGUGGCUCUAAGUAACGGACAGCCUUCAGCGCAAGGCGGUAUUUCUGACCAGACAUUGAAUUUAGGACAAGGGCUUAAGAUGGCACAGAUUGCCAUUACCAACGAUAAAGUGGCCUCCGCCGAAGACAGUGGAAAAUUGAACAGUGCCGAACCCGAUCUUGAUAUGGAUAAGCUAAUGAAGAUUGUUAACAAACCCUUCAAAUGUAGCCAGUGUGGAAUAGCUUUUGUCUCCACCACAGAACUGGCUGGACACGUGAGAAUCCACACCGGUCAAAGGCCAUUUAAGUGCACGCAGUGUGAAAAUUGCUACAGAACACAGUCAACGCUUGCUGUUCAUAUGAAAAGCCACGCCAAGGAAAAACGAUAUAAAUGUUCAUAUUGUGAAGUGACAUCCCCCACACUCUCAAAACUUUACGAUCAUUAUAUUCUUCAUCAGAACGAUCACACCCUUGAACGUCCUCGGGGUGGCGCAGAAGAACCGAUGAUCGUAGACGAUGACGAAAUGUUACCAUUUAGGUGCUGGGUGUGCCAGAGACGUUUUGCUGAACAAAUGGAUCUGGAUCUUCACAUCAGUUCGCAUAGAGACAGAAGUAGCACUCUGGAAUCGUGUGUUAAGAGGUUAAAAAGCGCCAUCACAGCAAAGUAAAGACAGUAACUGUUUUUGAAGAUCCCACAUCAAACAGAAACAUUGGAAAAUAGCAGCUUGAAAAUAAACGCAGUUACUAUUAACAACUUUGCGCUGUUAAAAGGUAAAUCCGUCACGUAGAUGGCAAGUAAGCAGGUUUGUUUAGAUGCAAUUUAGUGUUAUCAACUGAGUUGGUUACGUAAAUUGGCCACCGUAAAGAGUUAAAAGACUGAAGUUUCGAGCGUUAGCCCCUCGUCAGAACGAUUGGAGGAGUUCUGGGUUGUGUUUGGGUUUAUUUGCAGAAAAUGGAGCUAUGCUAUCGGUGGGAAUGGAAAAACGGCUUCCCACUGGUAGCGUAGCUCCAUUUUCUGUUUAUAAACCCACAUCUCCUCCAAUCGCUCUGACAAAGGGCUAACGCUCGAAACG